AUGAAUCACCGAACAACAGUGGUAAUUGACUCUGAAAGUGACAAUGAAGAGAGCAAUGGAAAUUCAUCACAAAGUAGCAGCACCAGCAAUAAUAUAUGUAGAAUAUGCGGCGCAGAGAAUGCAGCAAUACACUAUGGAGCCGUGAGCUGCGUCGGAUGCAAGGGAUUCUUCCGAAGAGCGCUGCUCAAGGCUGAUCAGUUGGAAUGUGCUGCGGAUGGCGAUUGUCCGGUUAGCAGAUCUCAAAAAAUUCAAUGCAGAAGUUGUCGAUUCAAUAAGUGCCUUCGCGAAGGAAUGAAGCCAGCGUUCGUUCGACCGAAUCGCGAUAUUCCACCGAAGCCCCGAAAACCGCCGUCUACUAUUCGAUGCGAAAUGAAGGAGCAUGGAAAAACAUUGAAAACUCGCGAUGAGUGGAUCAAAAAAAUAACCGUCGAUAUGCGAACAAUUCUGAUGACGUUAUUGAAUUUUGAGACAAAAAUCAUGAAGGGUGAUACGAAUCUUCAUGCGUCGAAGAUUUAUCCGUUAAAAGGAAUCGACAAACUGCGAGAUAUAAUCGAGAAUCCGGAUUGUUUGAAAGGUCGUCGGACAGAGAUGCGAUAUGAGCCAUAUCGAAUGGCUGAUAAUGACGAGUUGUGCGCAAUUGCUUAUCGAAGACUCAUCGCUGCCGUUGAUUGGGUCGAAAGCAUUUGCACACUUCUCGGAAAAAAUGUUGGCAUCGAUGAUAAGAUUGCUCUUGUGAAGAAUGCUUUCAUUCCACUAACAAUCUUCAAUUUCUGUUCAAGAACUGCCGAAGUCACCAAAGAUCCGGAUGUCCUUUGUCUGUGUAAUUUCGCAUACGUUCCUCGCAAUAUUUCCAAACUUUAUUCCGAGACCUACCACCUCGGAAAUGGUCUCGUGACUCGGGCACUUGACGAACUCGUGGCAGUUUAUCGAGAUUACGGUAUACAAGAGGAGGAAAUCGUUUGUAUCAAUGCUUUACUUUGUCUAGAUCCUUUAGCCAAAGAUAUAUCUGAAAGUUUAUUCGAAAAAAUCAUGGCAGUGCGCGCAAAAAUCACCGAUUGUCUUUACUCGAUUGUGAAGGAAGUCCGUCUGAGUCCGACGCCGAAUGUCUGCUACGGACACCUUCUGCUAUCACUAGCUACCGUUUCUGAGCUGGCCUCGGCGAUGGGAGAAAACAUUCAAUUGGCUCAAACAUUUUCGAUUCAAGGCGAAAUUCCGUUGCUAACGGAUCUGUUCGGAUGCUUCACAGUUGAUCCAAUAUUCAAAGAACUCGACGAUCCAAAUCGAAUCGCUGUUGAGAAUCUGACGAUUGGAAUCAUUCGAGAGACGGCGACUCAGACCAAUCGGAUUCCGCCGCCUCGCGCUCGAUUAAAGCGACAUGCGACCGUGGAUGACGAUGAAGGAUCAACGAACAACUUCCGCCUCCUUCAUCCGCCAAACAAAUUUUGUCUCACUGAGAUUUUCGAUGAUCUCCAGAACAAUUCGGAAGAGCGAGCGAUUGAGAGUUUAGCAUAUGAUGCGUCGACAAUCAGCGCUCGAGCACCGAUAAUUCCGUCGAAUUCGGCACCAUAUUAUCAAGGACCUGGUCCGAGCACUUCUACUCAACUUCCCGCGGGACCACUUCUCAACAUCAAUCCGCCACCGAACUACCCUCCACUCAAUGCCGGUUACACUCCGAACAUCAAUUACACCGAACUUUAUCAUUCCAACUGCCAGCAGUAUUUUCCAGUGCACAAUCCUUAUGCGAAUUUAGGUUAUCCACAAAAGAAUCAGUCUUAA